CCCCCCCUCCCCCCUCGGUCAGCUGACCGUCGGUGGGUCUGGUGACUGUCAAACCCCUGAAGCCUGCGCCUCCGUGACCCGGUCCGCGCAGCACCUGGCCGAGGCGGGUCUCCGUGUCCCCCCGUUACCGGAGCUCCUGGCCCCCGCCUACUUUCACCUGGAGGCCGGAGCAUUAGCAUAAAGCUAACCGAGCUCGUUGCACAGAGAGUCGGACUCGGAUUGGUCCCACUCUUGAGGCCGGUCUGCCGGUCAUUUGUCCCCGGAGCCUUUGCCCCCACCCAGGGAGCACCAUGGCGGUGCUGGACCUCGCCAUGCAGGGGCUCGCUGUGUUCGGCUUCAUCCUGUUCUUCGUGCUGUGGCUGAUGCACUUCAUGUCCAUCAUCUAUGUGCGCCUCCAUCUCCACAAGAAAAGGUCGGAGGUCAAACAACCGUUUGUGCAGCUGGCCGGAGUUUCUCUGCUGAAGCCGUUGAAGGGCGUCGAUCCGAACCUCAUCUCCAACCUGGAGACCUUUUUCACACUGGAUUACCCCAAGUACGAGAUCCUGCUGUGCGUCCAGGACCAAGACGAUCCCGCCGUGGACGUCUGUAAAAAGCUUUUGGGCAAAUAUCCCAACGUCAACGCGCGGUUGUUCAUCGGGGGAAAGAAAGUCGGAAUCAACCCCAAGAUCAACAACCUGAUGCCGGGCUACGAAGGAGCCAAAUACGACCUGGUGUGGAUCUGUGACAGCGGCAUCAGAGUGAAACCCGACACCCUGACCGACAUGACCAAUCAGAUGACGGAGAAGGUGGGAUUGGUUCACGGGUUGCCGUAUGUCUCCGAUCGACAAGGAUUCGCCGCCACGCUGGAGCAGGUGUAUUUUGGGACGUCCCACCCCCGCUCGUACAUCUCUGCCAACGUGACGGGCAUAAAGUGUGUGACGGGGAUGUCGUGUCUGAUGAGGAAGGACGUGUUGGAUCAGGCCGGCGGAUUGGUGGCCUUCGCUCAGUACAUCGCUGAAGAUUACUUCAUGGCCAAGGCCAUCGCCGACAGAGGCUGGAAGUUCUCCAUGGCAACACAGGUGGCUCUGCAGAAUUCUGGCUCGUACUCGAUUGGCCAGUUCCAGUCCCGAAUGAUCAGGUGGACGAAGUUGAGGAUCAAUAUGCUCCCCGGCACCGUGCUGGAGCCCGUCUCCGAGUGCUUCCUGGCGAGCCUCAUCAUUGGCUGGGCUGCUCAUUAUGUAUUUAGGUGGGACAUGAUGGUCUUCUUCAUGUGUCACUGUCUCGCCUGGUUUAUAUCGGACUACAUCCAGCUGACUGGUGUUCAGGGCGGCCCGCUGUGCUUCUCCAAGCUGGACUUCGCCGUGGCCUGGUUCAUCCGGGAGUCCAUGGCGGUGCAGAUCUUCCUGUCGGCGCUGUGGGACCCGACCAUCAGCUGGAGGACCGGCCGGUACCGGCUGCGCUGCGGCGGCACCGCCGAGGAGAUCCUGGACGUGUAGUCCGCCAAAAGAGACUUUUUGUUUUUUAUGAGAGGAAAUGAAGUGUUUGUGUGUGUGUGUGUGUGUGUGCGCACGCGUUUUUAACUAUUUAUGUUUUUUUGGUGCUAAAACUAAAUGAAGCCAGAACAAGCCAAUGAGAGCGCAGGAUGGAAGUGAAACAGAAAGAAGAGGGAGUGACGCGUCGCACUGAAUCGUAUGAUCUUUGACGGCCAAUCAGGAGAGAGGAGGAAGGAGUCUCUCCUGAUUGGCUUUUGAGCGUUUGAUGUUUUUUUUUAGUUUUUUGUAAGAUAAAAAUAAUUACAAGUAAAUACGACUUCAUGUUUCAAUACAACAGUCAGAGCAGCGACUUAACAAAGUAUUCACAGGUGACAUCGAGUUAUUUUGAAAACAACCAAGAUUCCUUUGUGACUAAAAUUCACAAAGAGACAAUUUGUUGUAUUAACUUCUCCAAAGAUAUUAUUUAAACAGUUUAAACCUUUCAAAUGAACUUGUCCGCUGGAGAAGAAACAAAGAUUUUCACACUAAAUCGUCUCUCAGUUGUUAAGUUAAUAUUCAAGAUAAAUCGGCCAAUGAGGAGCGAGGAUUCAAUUUUAAGGACAAAACAACAAAAACCUGUUUUCUAAACGGCCGCGUUUCCCAAAAAAACAACCAAACACAGGUUUUGUAACAUCUUAUGUUCCUCAAUUGUUAUAUAUUAAUAUUUCUUUUGAAGUAUUUUUGUAUUACACAAAAUUAUUGUCAUGCGAAUAAUAUAUUGAGUUUUUACUUGUGAAACCCCUUUUUAAAGUACUUCAUGUCCUUGUGAGAACUUCUUUUUUCAUUGUUACAAAGUUGCUCAUUCUGGAAAAAGAUCUCAUAGCGACUGUUUAUUCUUCUCAUGAAAAUGAAUCUUGAUUCAAAAACAAAAUAUUUAUGAAACUGUAGAAUCUUUAUUGUUGAGGAUGAAUGAGAUCUGAAUCUUGUAGAAAAUGUCUUAAUUUAUGAACGUGAAAUAUUCAGAGCGUUAUUGUUGAAUUGACUCAAAGCCGAUCGGCCAAUGACGUCACAGAAAUUUAGAUUUGAGAAUGUUUUUCUUAAUUUU